AUGCGCUUGAUCUCCCGGCCGGGUCCGGACCCUCUCCGUCGCCCUCGACUCUACCGACGUGUCCUGCAGACCGUGCUCGUCCUCUUUCUCAUCUGGACCGCUGCCGAAAUCACCACCGUCCAGCGCCGCCUCGACCCCUUGGUCUCCGUCGACGAGCGCAUCUCGCGCAAAUCCCAGCAACACUCCGAGCGCGUGUUCGUCGUCGGCAUCCACUGGAACAACGAAUGGAUUCUGCGGAAUUACUGGAACCAAGCUGUCACGGACUUGGUUCAGGCUCUGGGCCCGGAGAAUGUCUACCUCAGCAUCUACGAGAGCGGAAGCUACGACAACACGAAGGGAGCCCUCGUUGAGCUGGAUCGCAUGCUGGACCCCCUCGGCGUCCCACGAAACGUUACGCUCUCCGAGGUGACGCAUCAGGAUGAGAUCGUUCAGCCUCCGAUUGGCGACGGAUGGCUGCAGUCGGAACAAACGGGCACUGAACUCCGGCGCAUCCCGUAUCUAUCGCGAUUGCGGAAUCUGAGCCUUCAGCCGCUAGUAGUCCUAGCGAAGCAGGGCAUCUACUUUGACCGUGUUCUCUUCCUGAACGACGUAGUAUUCACGACACAAGAUGUUCUUGAGCUCCUUCAAACCCGGGACGGCAAGUAUGCCGCCGCUUGUUCGCUAGACUUCUCGCAUCCACCGGCCUACUAUGACACUUUCGCGCUGCGCGAUCUCCAAGGCCACGAGCCCAUCAUGCAGACGUGGCCGUACUUUGACUCGUCCAUGGCUCGGCAGGCCCUGAAGCGCAUGGAGCCCAUCCCCGUGGCAAGCUGCUGGAAUGGAAUUGUUGCGAUGCGCGCAUCCCCGUUCGUCGCACACGAGAACCCUCUACGCUUCCGAGGAAUUCCCGAUUCCCUAGCUCAAAAGCAUCUCGAAGGCUCGGAAUGCUGUCUCAUCCACGCAGACAAUCCCCUAUCCACCUUGUCAGGCGUCUACUUGAAUCCCCGAGUGCGCGUGGGAUACCACGGCGCAGCAUACGAGGCAGUUCACCCCGGGGAGCAAUGGCUCACGACGUGGAACAUCUGGAUAGGCCUGUGGUCGAAUCGACUGCGACGAUGGAGCGGCGUGAAUCGAAGCAGGAAAGAGAUUCAAAAGCGUGUGGCGCAAUGGGAAUUGCAACACGGGCAGGAAGAACGGGGCGCGUUCUGCUUGAUCGACGAGAUGCAGGUUUUGAGGCCCUGGGGUUGGGCCCAUGUAUAG